AUGGACACCUCCACGCGACAACGUGGUGCUCAAUACGGCUCUCGCCCCAGCCAACCUGCCUCCUUCAGCGGCUUCCCCUCUAAGCUGCGCCAUGAGGUUGGCGACGACGUUCGAGGCCGCCCUUCGUCACGAGCUCUGGGAAGCUGGAGGUCCACAGGCCCUGGUGCCGGUACCCAGCCAGCAGCAGGCUCGUCUGUCGUGGCAGGCAGACGCCUUUUCGACCGGAACCAGCCUCGACUGGGCGCAAGCACGGCUCGGCAUGCCUCCAACUCGCCCGCCAAUACUCCAGGCAAGAUCUUCAACAGGACCGGCCUUGCCAACGGCAAUACCCCAAAGUUCACUUUCUCCCCUCGCAUACCCCCAAACGCCGUGCGUGAGAGCUUCACCGCCGUCACGCCGGGGCGAUCAUUCCGAGGCUCCACGGCCGAUCUCAAUGGGCGAGCCAUGUCUAAGACCUCCUCGACCAACCUCUUCCCCAUGAGGAUCGCCUCUCCCCCACCCGAGCUCGAUGGCGAGGAGCUAGCCAAACAGGUACCCGACAGUCCAGAUAGGGUGGGCUCUGUCUACGCGGACGAGUUCCUGUCACACCUCGUCCCGGCCGAGCUCGAUGACCUCCAGCGACGUCAGUUUCUCUGUGUCCUCGAUUUGCGACGGCUGAAAUAUGCUGCGUCCGAGAUUUUUGCCAAGAAGGACUGGAGAGUCAAUAUCACGAACUUUGCCAAGGAGUACGAGAAGAGCCGGAGCCUGAUCAUGCUGCGAUACGGCCUCUACGAGUUCAAAACCGUUCCCGCUUCUAGGGAGCUAUUGAAGAAGUGGAAGCAGGAGAAUAAUGUGCCAGAGGAGGACGAGGAGAUGGAAGAGGCUGAGGCUCCAAAGGCCAAUGGCACCUCGAACUUCAGGUCUUCGGUGAAGAGACGAGCUGGAGACGACCUGGAUAUUGACAAUGCCUCCACGAAUAAGCGCCGUGUGACAACAGAGCGAGAGCCCCUGACCGAGUCAACAGCGCUGACCUCGAAUGCGGGUGCAACACCUUUCGUGAAGAAAACCAAGCGCAGUGCUGAACACUUGGAUGAGGCAGACGAGAAUCAGCCCAGCAAGAAGAAGUCCAGUACUCUCUCCAUCUUCGAGGAUGUUGCCAACAGCUCGCCAGCGCGACAAGCUGCAAGCCCCACGAAAUCCGCCGCGAAGAACCUUUUUGCCCAGCCGCCCGCAUCAUCCCGUCAACCAAACUUCGGCGCCGGAGCUAAGGUCUCGUCGGGCAACAUUUUCGGUCACUUGUCUGAGCAGAAUUCGCCUGAGGGCAGUGAAGAUGACGAGGACAACGAUGGCCAAUCCGAGGAUGCGGAGGCCGAGGAUGAAGAACCGGAGAGCCAGGCCACCGCACCGAAAGCAGCUGCCAGUAGUGUACCGUCCCUCUUCGGCACUAAGACGCCGGGUGACUCCACCGACGGUGGCUCCAAGGGCCCUGGUCUCUUUGGUCGCAUCACAAAGGGCGGAGACGGCGAGCCUGUGCGAGCCUCAGGUGAUAGCGCCCCUGGACUCUUCAGCACGAAGCCACCGGCAAGCCCACCGAAGGAGAGCCAGGAUAAGACGUGGAACCCGAACACGCCUAUCAAGUUUGGUGGUGCAGCUUCCCAGCCUGGCGUUUCACUCUUUGGAGCGACCACCAGCCAGCCGAGUUCCAUAUUUGCCAACAAGCCUCAAGAAAGCACUGGGCCAGCCUUUGGCUCGACCACCCCCAAAGCCAGUGCUGCACCAGCCUUUGGCACUCAGGUGCAAGACUUUGGGAAGGAGACGCCUAAGCAGGCCGCGCCAUCCUUGUUUGGCCAGCCUUCAAAGCCGUCGGAAUCAAGCGGCGGCCUCUUCGGCAAUGCCUCAAGCAUGCCUGCCUUCGGCGCAUCUACUCCUGGUCAGCAGAAGUCUGACGAGAAGAAAGCUUCUGCCACAACACCUGCACCUAGCCUUUUCGGGCAGAGUAGCGCUGCGAGCACAACGCCUUUUGGAAAGCCUGCAGAUACUCCCGCCACUCAGGCCCAGCCGACGUCUAUCUUCGCCAACCUUAACACCCCCGCCGCUACGGCCCAGGGCUCAGCGCCGUCUCUCUUCGGAACGGCUAACGACAAGCCCAGCGGAUCGCUGUUCGGCGCGAAGAAUGACGAGAAACCGUCAUCCGCGCCAUCGUUGUUUGGGGCUCAGCCAUCUUCAACGUCCACUCUGUUCGGCACAAAGGCUAGCUCGGUUGAAGAAAAGAAGGAGGAAUCGGCCACGAAGAGGAAGAAGCCCGACUCGGAUGAGGCUGGUGCGGUCUUUGGCAGCACAUCUGGCGAGCCAGCAUCCAAGAAGUAUUCGUUUGGAGGCAGUGCACCGACCCCUGCGGCAAGUCUGCCACCCAAAACUGCAGAAGCAGCCAAGGGCUCGACUGAAGCUGGCGCUGUCUUCGGCACUGGCUCUCAAGACGGUGGCAAGACGUACAGCUUUGGAAGCACAGCCUCGUCCACGCCUGCUCCUUCAAGCUCGAAGCCGGCAGAUACUCCUGCUCCCACGUCUCUCUUUGGGAACCCAGCACCCCAGGCCGAGCCAGCGAAGACACAGCCCAGCAUUUUCGCAAACGCUCCCGCUCCCAGCACAGGCUUCACUUUCGGUGGAGCUUCGAGCACACCCUCAAACAAUCUGUUCGGGGCCGCGUCUGGGAACGGCACCAAUACCACCACAAACCAACAACCGAGUUUCUCGUUCGGCAGUACCGGCACUCCCGCGCCAGCGCCAGCGCCAGCGCCCGCGGCCAGCUCCUUCACCUUCAAUGCUGGUGGUGACCAGGGUUCCUUCAAGAACCCCUUCUCGGGUGGGGAUUCCGCUGGGGUUUCAUUCGACUUUGGAGCGACUCCGGCCCAGAGUCAACAAGCCAGCGCGCCAUUCCAAUUUGGAAACAGCACCACACCGGCGGCUCCAGCUUCGUCCAGCUUCACAUUUGGUGGGGACUCGCAGCCCGCAACUAAUGGCCCCUCCUCGUCUAGCUUCACUUUCGGUGGCGCUUCGCAGCCUGCAAAUGCGGCACCUGCCCCGUCCUCCAACAUGUUUGGAGGUUCGCAGCCAAACGGUGGAUCUUCCAUAUUCAAUUUCGGUGGCGCUUCCCAAGCGCCCUCCCAGCCAACCUCGUCCGCCAACAUGUUCUCUGGUCAGCCGGCAAACGCGGCGCAAGGCAUCUUUGCUGGUAGUCUGGCGCCUCCAGCUGGAUCUUCGACUGGCACGACUACGACGCCGGCGGCUGGCACACCCGAGCCAGAAGCCGCACAGGCCAAGAAGGAUAAUGCAACGAGCGAACAGACGGCUGACGAGGACGGAAAACCACAGGAGCAAAUUUCCCUAACCGAAGGUGGGCCCGGGGAAGAGGACGAGCAGGUCGUUCAUGAGGUGCGAGCCAAGGCUCUCCGGCUGGCGCCCAAGUCCGAUGACGACGACGAUAAAGACAAGGGCGCCAAGAAGAACCCUUGGAAGACAGAGGGACUGGGACCACUCAGGCUGCUCAAGCACAAAAGCACCGGCGCGGUGCGCAUCCUGUUGCGUGGCGAGCCUCGUGGCAACGUCGCCAUGAACAAGACCAUUCUGCCUGAUUUCGAUUACAAGGUCGACAAGGGCGCAAAGUGGAUUAAGGUCCCAUGCGCGAAGGAAGACGGCAAGGGCUUGGAGACUUGGAUGCUUCAGGUCAAGACCAACGAUCUAGCACUCAAGCUCGCCGAUGCGUUAGAAGAGAACAAGAAGGCGAACAAGAAGUAG